GUCACUGUGGGUAAGCGCUCGCUUUGCGUUGUUGGGAAAGUUAGCGUGCUUGUAUUCCAUCGCCGGCUGCGAAAGCUUUCGUGUAGUCAUUCCCGACACAGUAAACCAAAAUGAGCAAGGCACACCCUCCAGAGCUGAAGAAGUACAUGGACAAGAAGCUGUCGCUGAGGCUCAAUGGAAGUCGUGUUGUCACUGGGAUCCUGCGAGGUUUUGACCCGUUCAUGAACCUUGUCCUGGACGAGACCGUUGAGGAAACGAAGGGAGGAGAGAAGCACAACAUUGGCAUGGUGGUUGUCAGGGGAAACAGCAUCGUCCUCCUUGAGAGCCAAGACAGAAUAGGCUGACACCAUGGAUCUGGGACAGCCUCUUGCAGCCAUGCAUUCCCACCGCAUUCUUGUCAUUCACAUUGUUGCAUUAUUA